AUUUCCUUUUUCCUGCUCCUCCCAACUCGAAGAUGGCAGCCGCUCGUCUAGGAUGAGCAACGACACGUUAGAGUUCUGUCAUGAAACAGCAUUGGCCCAUGCAGCUGUUUCUGUCGUUGGUUUGACAUGACACUAAUUUAAUUUAGUAUCGAGCUACUUUUUGUCACGUAACAAGACCGUCGAAGAAUCGCUAAAGACCAUGCUUUUCUGUUGGCUAAGCUAGCAAGCAGCGAUCAGUUUCAUCAUGGCCAUCACUCAGUUUCGUCUGUUUAAGAUCUGCACAUGCCUAGCCACUUUGCUGUCUUUCUUUAAGAGAUUGCUCUGCAGAAGUGGAAGGGGCCGGAAGCUGAGUGGUGAUCAAAUAACUCUCCCAACAACAGUGGAUUUUUCUUCAUCUGCACCAAAACAGUCUGCACAGCCUGAGGUUGAAGAAUGGAGUUCAUGGGAUGAAGACGCACCCACAAGUAUUAAAAUUGAAGGUGGUAAUGGAAACGUCCCCCCUCCACCCAGUGAAGUAGAUGAAGAACCUGACUACUUCAAAGACAUGGCGCCAACAAUUAGGAAAACACAAAAGAUAGUGUUAAAGAAAAGGGAGCCUUUGAACUACAUGGUGCCAGACGGCUCAGCUGGUUUCUCCAGCAGACUGGCAGCCUCUCAGGAUAUGAUGACCUUUGGUGCACCCUCAGCGGAGCUGGGCGAAAUGGACAAUUGGCAGGAGGACACCAAUGCCUGGGAGGAUGAGUCUGAUGCCACCUGGGAAGCAGAAGAAGUGCUCAGACAACAGAAGCUGGCUGAGAGAGAAAAACGGUCCAUGGAACAGCAGAGAAAGAAGAUGGAGAAGGAGGCUCAAAGGAUGAUGAAGAAAGAGCAGAAGAUGGCUGUCAAGCUUUCAUAACAUCAGUUUUGAGCCAGAGGGAUAUAAGGGAAAGACACUGAAUUAGUCAUGAGUUUAUUUUUAAGUCAGAAAAACAAUGUUGUCAGCAACUUGCCCCCCCCCCCCCCCUCCAUCCCGUUUCUACCAGCAGCUAUUUAAGUAUUUUCUUGCAGCAGACAUGAAUCCUUCUUGGGGUCCGCCAAGAUUCAUCCAUGUCAUUUUGGUGUUAUGGUAAAAUUGUACUGUAAAUUCCAGUGUAUAAGCCACAUCGGUGUAUAAGCCGCACCCAGUAAAUUUAGAGGACCAGACCAGAUUUGUUCAUAUACUGUAUUAGCUGCAUUGGUGUAUAAGCCGCACGUGUCCACGUCAUAAAAUGACAUUGUGGCACGCACAAGUCUGUGAGGACCAGGAGACAAUCAUGAGCUAUGAAAAAACUGAUAAGCUUGGCAACCCAUUUGAAAUUGCAGGUCAUUCCUCAAUAUAACAGUCUGACUCAUUGUUUCAUCUUACAAACUUUGAACUCAUCACACAGCAACUUAACACUCAAACGGAACCUAAGAAAUAUACAUAACAUGUACCAAUACGAGUUUAAAAUAACAAAACAGCAGCUAUUUUAACAUCUAAUGCAUUACUGCCAGAAGAGCAGUUAACUAGAGACAAGCAACAUAGAUGGAUGGCGCUGCAAUGCUGCCUCUGUCCACAAGAGGGAGCCCGGAGCCUGCACAGAGCCCAGAGGGAGGCUGACGUCAUUGCAGCGCUCCAAUGAAUGCGCUGCUCAGACGCAAUGCUGAAUGGGAAAAUUCUAAAAUGUGGGGGUUUUUUUUGUUGUUUUAAGCUUGUAUUGGUACAUGUUUGAAUAUUUCUGAGAUAUGUGUGAUGAAUUUUGUGUUCUCAGAUGACACCGUGAGUCAGACUGUUAUGUUGUUAUACUCUUGACCUGCGAUUUCCAUUGAGUUGACAAGCUCGUUGUGAGUGCACUAAUAGCUUGUGAUUGGCUCCUGCCAAGGAAAGAGUCACUGUUUCCUCAAUGACUCACAAGUGGCACAAUAUUUAAACAAUUAGUAAUAGUUCUGAAGUAAAGGAAAUGCCACAAGAUUAGAGCCGCACCGAGGUUUAUACAACGGAAUUUACUGUAUUUAUCUGCCCCAAUCUAUUUUAGGUUUGUCAACAGCACCAUUUACUUUACAUUGUGGUUGCAGGUGCUAUUGUCAGCACAGGCCCUGUUCAAGGUACAGUAUGUAAAUAAACUCAACCUGUUA